UAAAACGAUCCAUCUACAGCAGCCGGGCUCGAUUGACGCUGUCUGCCUGUGCUUUGCUGCUACGCCUGGCUCGGAAUAACAAGACAGUUUGCUAAUACCAGCCGAUCGUGGCUUUACUCAUAUCUACACAGCGAGCUAAAAAAAAAAAAACAAGCAAGCGAGCAAGGGAGCCAAGCACAUAACACAGCUCAAGUUCCGCAACCCAGCAUGGCUUCGGGAGACCUUUACGAGGUUGAAAAAAUUGUAGAUAAGAGAAAGAACAAAAAGGGAAAAUGGGAAUAUCUUAUCCGAUGGAAAGGCUACGGGAGCAAUGAGGACACGUGGGAACCUGAGCAUCACCUCCAACACUGUGAAGAGUUCAUUGAUGAUUUUAAUGGACUUCCCAUUCCCAAGGACAAGCGCUCCAAGCCAGGCAAGCAGGGUGGGGGCCCCCGGUUAUUCAGGGAAGGACGAGCGGCCUCUUCUGAGGCUGUCAGGGGCAAAAUGUCAACCCACAAAAAGAAAAGGACUAACACGACGGGCUCCCAAAAGCAAAAACGGUGUUAUGGCGGUAAACACGCACUUGACAGAGCUACGAAGACUGUGACAUAUAGGACCACCCCCAGUGGACUGCAGAUCAUGCCCAUGAGGAAGCCACACAAUGGAAUACAAAAUGGAGACACUAGUCUGGACAAAGACUCCUUACACUAUAGAGAUACAGCCCCGGAACAAAAAUUAGCAAACGAUGGAGAACAUGAAAUGUUGGACGACUUGGAAGUUAAUGACUCCCCCCUUAUGAAUGGAAUUGGGUCCACACUUUCCAACGGAGGAAUUAGUUUGCACAGUGCAGUAAAACGGAAACUGGUAGAAGACAAAGACUAUGUGUUUGACAAACGACUCAGAUACAACGUUCGACAAAAUGAAAGUAACUGCCGGUUCAGGGACAUAGUGGUUAGAAAAGAAGAAGGUUUCACACAUAUACUGCUAUCAAGCCAAACAUCUGACAACAAUGCAUUAACCCCAGAGAUAAUGAAAGAAGUGAGGAGAGCUUUGGGUAACGCCUCAGUAGAUGACAGCAAGCUGCUGCUUCUGAGUGCAGUGGGUAGUGUGUUCUGCAGUGGCUUGGAUUACUCAUACCUCAUUGGCAGGUUAUCAAGCGACAGGAGAAAGGAGAGCACAAGGAUCGCAGAAUCCAUAAGGGACUUUGUAAAAGCUUUUAUUCAGUUUAAGAAGCCCAUUGUGGUAGCUAUCAAUGGACCAGCUCUUGGGUUAGGAGCUUCCAUCCUGCCUCUCUGUGACAUUGUGUGGGCCAGUGAGAAGGCCUGGUUUCAGACACCUUGUGCCACUAUCAGGCUGACCCCAGCAGGCUGCUCAUCUUAUACCUUCCCUCAGAUUCUGGGAGUUGCACUGGCAAACGAGAUGUUGUUCUGUGGGAGGAAGCUAACUGCUCAGGAGGCAUGUAGUAGAGGACUAGUAUCACAAGUCUUCUGGCCAACAACCUUCAGUCAAGAAGUGAUGCUCAGAGUGAAGGAAAUGGCUACCUGCAGUGCUGUGGUGCUGGAAGAAUCCAAAUACCUGGUGCGAAGUUUGCUGAAAUCUGCGUUGGAGGGGGUCAAUGAGAAAGAGUGCCAGAUGCUAAAGCAACUGUGGAGCUCCUCAAAAGGACUCGAUUCCCUAUUCAGUUACUUGCAGGAUAAAAUCUAUGAAGUCUAACUUCCCCGCCAAUAUGAAAGCAAACAGAUGAAGAAAGGGAAGGAUUAUUUAUUGACAGCUAGCACUUCCAGUUCAUAAAGAAAACCCUGCCGCCCUUGCUGGUAUUCCAGCAACAUUAUCUAAUUGACAGACCUCAUGAGAUCUUCCACUAUGAGUGGCUGCAGGUACUCUAUACAGGAUAAGACUUCAAGGGAGGUUGUGGAAUGGAUAACUGACAAUCCUGCUGGAAAAAUUGGUAUUUGUCCCCUGCUAGUAAACGAACGCAGAAGUAGACUGCAAAAUUUUCCCAUUACAUUCCAGCUCUGCAAACUUGAAAAAGACAACAAUGCAAUCCUUUUGAAGAUAACAUAUUUUUUAUUUAUUUAUACAAGCUGUGUUGUGAAGUGGUCCCAGACAGCAAAAGGAAAAACAAUAUUUUCAUAAUGUCUUUUUGGGUUCUUUUGUAAAAAAUUUUUUUUUUUCUGUCACCUAAGAUCAAUAUGUGAUUCAUUAAGUCUAUGAAAACCAAAAUAUGGAUCGAUUCACAGUCUUAAUGAACUCCUGUGCUUAAUGCAUUUUGUCAAGACAUUCCUUAGUAUUAUUUAAUUGUGCAAAACAGAAUGAGCCAUUGAAUAUUUAACAUAACUGAAGGGACCUAAAGCUUAUAUUUUUGUGUGUAAAUUGGAAGGUCAUCUGUUUUUUGCUCCCAAUCAAACUCUAACUUAGCAACUUUAAAGAAAUGACCCAGACAUGCUGAAGAAGAAGAAGAAGAAGAAGAAGAAGAAGAAGAAGAAGAAGAAGAAGAAGAAGAAGAAGGUGUAACCUCCUAAAAAGAUUUGCUUUGGGUUCUGAACUGUAUUCUUUUUCGAGGUUCAUACAUUUUUCUACCUGACGUUUUUUUUUUUUUUUUGUCAAUGAAGAGCCAUCCAUGCUGCUGAUACCUUCAUUAAAAGGUAGAAGGGCUUAUACAACUUUUGCUUUACUUUUUUUUCCUGAUAACUGCUGGAAGUCCAUUGCACGACUCUCACUGCCUGAUUCUGGGGGGCUUGAACACCCAUGUCAGUGGUGUCCAAUCAAGGUCCUGGAGGGCCAUUCCACACCCGGUUUAACUGAUACAUUAUAUAACUACUUUAGGGUCUGGAUGGAGGUUUGAUUGGUUCAAUAAAACAAUUUAGAACAGGGUUGGAACAAAGAACAGUAGUGGAAAGGCCAACAUUGGCCACCCCUGCCCUUUGUGCUUACAGUAACAACCAACAAACUCCCAAGGACACUAUAAAGCUUUACUUUUUGUUUUAUUGUUGAACAGGUUCGCAACAGUCCAGUUCUGACAAAUAAUAGGGUCUUUCCACAAUGCAUACAGUGAACAAACUCCUGGGCUAUAAAGACCUUUCUGAAAAGUGAAACCACAUCCAGGAUAAAGCACAGACAUUAUUGUGAGAGAAAAAUAUCACAUGCUUGAAACAACCAGGUUUACUAUUCAAUUAGUGAAUAACCAACCCCUCCUGUCCCUACCCCAAAGGAAAAAAGGCUAUGGUGGGCAAACAGGAGAGUACUAUGAUAUUAUUGGCAACAAUGUGCAAAUUGUGAAAACUAGAUUUCUUGGUUUUACUAUUGAGAACCAUAGUUUUUAAAUACUAAGGCAACAAUCACCAUACAGAAUUUAUUUUAGCUUCAGGAAAGCAUGGAUGCAGUCCAUUCAGUCUCCUCUGCUUAUAAGAUUAAAAUGGUAAAUUAGCAUUGUCAUUAUUCUGAUCUACCACACUUUCACUAUGCAUUUAACUUGAUUUACUGUACAUACAUAUACUGCUUUUGCUAUCACUAUGCUUAACACUAUGCUUUAUUCUAUUUGUUAUGCUUUUGCCGUGGUAUACCACAGCAAACUUCUGUACAAGUACAAUAUUUGUACCAUAAAAUAUUAAUUUUUCACAACCUGGUGGAAACUGUAACUAGAGGGGAACAGGACAUUUGGGAAGUACAGUCACGCUGCACUAAUUGAAAACUGUUGGUAUUAAUUUUUGGUUGAAGGAUACCCUUUACAGCAGGGUUUCCCAAUCCUGGUCCUGGGGACCCACUGUGUCUUCUGGUUUUCAUUCCAACUGAGUACUCAGUUACUUAAUGAAACCCUUAACUGAACUCAUAAUUUGCUUUAUUAGACCUUUUUACUUGUUUUCAGCUCUUGAACAGUUGCAUAUUUCAAGUUAGCAAUAACAUGUUAAAAGUAACUUGAACCCUGCAACUCUUUAUGAGCUGUAAACAAUUAAAAUGGUCUAAUUAAGCAAAUUAUCUGUUCAAUUAAGGGUCUAGUUAAGUAGCUGAGAGCUCAGUUGGAAUGAAAACCAGCAGACACAGUGGGUCCUCAAGACAAAGACUGGGAAACCCUGCUUUAGAGGACUGCCAAUUGGCUUGAUGUGUUUGUUUUUUUUAAUAUGUUUUUGCUUAGCAGUAAAUGUAAAUUGCAAAGGACAGGUGGGGAAGAACAUAUUAUUAUCUUACACAUUUGAAUUUCAGGAACUGGGGAUCAAGGUACAGUACCUGCUUUGCAUUAGAAAAACAAUGACUUCUAUUUAUUUUUUCUGUUUGUUUGAUCAGGAAUAUCUUUAGAUAAGCAGAAAAAAGCCACUACAAGGUGAUCAUGCUGUUAGAAAAGACAGAUAGUUAUGACUUACCUAGGUUUACUUUUUUUUAUUUUAUUUAUUAAAUUAUUACAUUUAUUAUUAAAUUUAGAAUCUCCCAAUUUGUAAUAUUUUUUUUUCUUCUUCACUGUGGCAUUUCCCCACACAUCUCUGGUUGCAUGACUCACCCUGCACACCACACAGCAGUGCUUUUACCAGGUGAGCCAUUUGGGGACCCCUAGGUUUAAUUUUAAAAGAAAGUUGAACAGAUGUCGGUCAAGUCACCUGAACUUAGUGUAUUACAAUGUUUUUUUUGCUUAAGAGUUUUGUGAAAUUAAGUUGUAUGAUAUGAACCCAAAAUAUUUAUUUUAAGUAAUUAUUAUUUUGAUUUAAGGACUUUCUGGUUCCAAAGAAUAAUUUGGUGGGGCAACUUUUCAACUCUGCAGGCCCCCAAAGUAAUGAAAAUUUCUAAAGGAACUAAAAGCUGUUUUGAUAUGAACUUUAUAGCAAGUUCAGCUUUAGAAUGGCAUUUAGAUGUAUUAUUUGUUGUAAAGCUUGUGUUUGUACACAAGACUUAAACAGUCACACACAAUACCCAUGUAGAUAUAACAAGAGGCUGAUAAUAAACAUGGCAUUCUGAUGCCUGCAUGUGCUAUUCUUCAAUGUUGAUUACGUUAAAUACAUAGGUGCAUAAAUUAUUAUUAAAUGAAGUUUCUAAAUCUAUGAAAAGUUAAAAGUUUAUUUUAGUAGCACUUAUAUUAUAUAAGUUGAGGUGUAUUUUUGUAUGUGUUUUGCCCCAAAGUGGUUUAUUUUUUUUUUCACUCCUUAUUUAUCAACAAUAAGGCUAUUUGUCUUGCUUAAUUUAUAUUGCAGGCUUUUGAGGAGGUAAAGUCGAAUUGCACGUGUUGAUGGAUGCAGAAUAUAUAUGUAUAUAUUAGUCCGGAUAUCCAAUUAAUUUACAUGGUAUUUAGUAAUAAUAUUUUAGAUUGCUUGUUAAGCUUUUUUAUUAUUAUUUUGCGUAAAUUGAUUUGUAUAUCUUUACAAAAAAAAAAUGCUAUUCUGCAUUUGUAGAUAUCAAAAGUUAGGCUGUUUCUUUGUGCAGGUAUGCAUGUAAAUAUUUCUGUUGCCUGUUAUUACAGUAUAUUUUCAGUAUGUGACCUUUUGUAUUGCCGUAGUAGGUAAUGUUAGGACCCUUGCACAUUUUUUUUCAUUUUUUUAUUUUAUUAAAAUGGAUUAUUACAUGGUAGGCAGGUAUUGUUGUGCCAAUACAUUUUCACAUCCAUAGACAACAUUUAUAUUUUAUUGUUCUUUAAAAUGAAGGAUAUUUUUACUGUUGAGCUGUGGUAUUGAUAAGCUCAUACUUUUUGUAAUAAGCCUGACUAAUGGUUUUUAUUUUUACUUUUGCAAAUACUAUGACCCAUGCAGAAACAUUCAAGAGCCGAGACAAGCCAAACAGAUUCAAAAUCACUGCAUUCUUUAGAUUUUUUGAGUAUUCAACCAAUAAAAAUAUGUACAUAGUAAAUGGUGUAGGUAUUGUUGUUUUUCUGAAUAAUUCCUGUGUUUUAAUAAAUUAUAAUUAGGGCUGUGCAAAUACUCACUCAGAGUAAUUCCCUUCAAGAUGUUUUUAGUUUUUAAUUAAAUGGAUUAAAACAUGUUAAUUACUCAACACAAAACAAAUCGCUCCCUCGGUUGCUUUUGCUCACACAAUUAUUGAGUACCAGUCAAUAACAAUCUGACAGUGGGAUUUAAUAUAGAACCUGUCGUGUUCAAACUAAAACCACUCAUAUUUGAUCUGUACUUAUUUGACUUACCUUUCUUUUAUCAUUCUGACAUUAAAUCAUUUUGAUUUCACUUUAUUAGUUUCUUCAAAUAUGUGUCAUCUCUGGAUUGUAGUCCUGGGCAUAAUUUAACCUCUGAUUAGAUUUGACAGAGGAAUACAUAUCCCAGUGUGCAUAGCGAUAGCUCUUAAGAUUGGGCUAGGAAAGGUCACAUGUAUAUGACGAAUCUGUUGCAUUUGCUAGUUUCAUUAUGUAUUUUUAUUGUCAGUUUAUGGCCUCGGUACAGCAGUAAAAAUUUCUGUGCCCUGGGUUAAAGAGAAAUUUGAUUCCAAUUGGCUUUUAAAUCACACAGGGCAGAAGUGAAUUGCCAUUGAUUGGUAUUCAGUUGUAAAGAUGAGAGAAAGGCAGCUUUUCUUGUUGUAAAAUAAACACAUACAUUUAAAAGGCUUCUUCAGUUUCAUUUAAUACCUGAUGAAUACUUGCACAGUGAGAGUUCUAAUCAAGUUAUAAUCUUAUCACAGUUUGUCUCGGUUAAACAUAAGCAUAUACCUAUCUGUAUAAUAGUAACAGAACUUUUGAAGAAUAAAAUCAGGACACAAUGUAGUUGCAAGCCUAAAUAAUAAAUGCUGUUCAGUAUCUGUAUGCUCGGGUGCCAUUAUUAACUUUAAAAAAUGUAUCGAAAUACACCAGCUUCUGUACAUUUUCAAAUGUAUUGGCCUUUAUUCCCUGAUAUUUUCCCCCAAAAAGCACUGUAGUAGCUGAAAGACAAACCUAAUUUCCAUUUCGAAAACCCAUUUUUGCAAUUCAAUUUGUUUUGUAAUAAUGAGGUUACAAAAGCCUUUCUUGCUAAUUUUGUUACGUGCACAGUAGUACUCCAUUAUGCCUGUAACUCUAGAGUAAGUGCUGCCAUUUUGACGUUGUCACUUUCCGCCCAUUGCUCAGGUUAAAAAUGCUCUAUCAGUGCCAGACUUAUACACCGCACAAAAGUAUAACUUUACAGUACAACCUUUUCAUAUUCUAAUAAAUAUAAUAGUGGAAAUCACCACAACCUUCUGAUUGCAUUUGUAUAUCAGGUAGUCGGUUGAUUAAAGGAUUUAUUGAACUACUGUAUACUGGCCAAAUCCCAAACUGACCAUUUUGUGUAAAUUGUCAGUCAGACUUUUGAGGUAAUUGGUAACUGAAAUAUUUAUAAGAAACGGUCAGAAGUAGUUUUCGGUAUCGUACAAUUGUUUUUGUUUGUUUGUUUGUUUUGUUUUUGUUUUUAUUCAGGAAUAUUACGAAGGCUUAUUACAAAAAAAGGGGUAAAAGUAAUGAAGCAGAGUACCAAAAAAAAAAAAGUUUCAGUAACAUAAACAUUCAAUCAAAACACUGAAUUUUAAUCCUACCUUACAGUAGGUGUACAUUUCUGUGUUUAAAUUGCUCUUGUCAACAAA